AUCUUCCGAAGGUCAAACCCCAAACGCUACCCUCUCUCGCUUCUAUAAGUCUUACUGCAGUGCCGACUUCCUCCUCUGGCGGAGGAACCCAUUCCCUCCUCGGUCUAUUCGCCGUUCUUCUUCUGCAUGCCAAAGCCGCUGCUUUUAAUUUUCUCCGAAGCAAUAGCGAUAUUGAAGAAGAGAUUUUGGAACCCUAGUUUCAUGAUCCGAUCUUUUUGCCCUAAGAAACGCGAUUGAGUCAAAAGGUGUCGUCUUGAUCUGGUUUUUGACGAGAUUUUUGAAGACAUCCUUGGCGAGAAGAGCAGGAGAGGCGAUGGGGAGCUUGUGGAGGAAGGCGAAGAGCGCGCUCGGGUUCAAUCUUACCGUCGACGGCCCCACGUCUUCGGCGGAGGACGACGAUGAUGGCGACUGCGACGGUGGGUCUCGGACGGGCGAGGCCGCAGCAGGCGGCGGGAGGGCCUCGGGCGCCGCCUUCUCGGAGGCCUCUUCUCCGGGUGGGUCGGUGCGGAUGCUGAAGACGCCGAUGCCGACGCCGACGCCGUCCUCCAGCAGCCGUUGGCUUUUCAGAUCGGGAAGCAGAUCCUCAAAGAAGACAUGCACCAUAUGUCUUGGCGCAAUGAAAGCAGGGCCUGGUCAUGCACUCUUCACUGCAGAAUGCUCUCACACAUUUCACUUCCACUGCAUUACCUCCAAUGUGAAAUAUGGCAACUAUAUCUGUCCAAUCUGCAGAGCUAAAUGGAAGGAAAUACCCUUUCGUGCCCCUGUUUCCUCUGAACAUUCUCAUGGAAGUGAGAGAGCAAACCUAGUCAAUCAGUCACAAGAAGAUGUCCACAUGCUUCCUCGUGCAGACUUGACUAACCAACAACACCGUCGGUUUUCUUGCCUCCAUGCUUCUGAACCACAUACUUUUAAUGAUGAUGAGCCUCUAAACGUGCAAUCUGAAACAGCAGAAACUGCCCAGCAAGGAUGUACUAGAACAGUAGAAAUCAAAUUAUAUCCAGAAUUCUCAUCCAUUCCACAAUCAGCCUCCCAGGAGAACUUCACUGUGCUGAUACACUUAGAGGCCCCUCGUGCUUGCAGAAACCAAAAUGUCGGCUCUGCAACUUCGCAAACAUCUCGUGCUCCUGUAGACCUGAUCACUGUAAUUGAUGUUAGUGGAAGCAUGGCAGGCACAAAGCUAGCACUUUUGAAACGUGCCAUGAGUUUUGUGAUCCAGAAUCUUGGCCCACUUGAUCGGCUUUCAGUUAUUGCUUUCUCAUCAACUGCACGUCGGCUCUUCCACCUUCAACGGAUGACAGACACUGGCAGGCAGCAGGCGCUGCAAGCUGUCAAUUCAUUAAUAUCUUGUGGUGGCACCAACAUUGCAGAAGGCCUCUGGAAAGGUGCCAAAGUAAUCAAGGAACGGACGGAGCAGAACCCAGUCUGCAGCAUGAUACUUCUCUCUGAUGGGCAGGACACUUACACUCUGACCUCGAGUUUGAGUAGAAGUUUCCAGUCACAUCCAGAUUACAGAUCACUUGUUCCAUCCUCCAUUCUUGGCGACAUAGCCCAGCAGAUACCAGUUCAUGCUUUUGGGUUUGGUGCAGACCAUGACUCCACCGUGAUGCACUCAAUCUCUGAGAUUUCUGGCGGGACAUUUUCUUUUAUCGAAUCUGAAGUUGAGAUUCAAGAUGCAUUUGCUCAGUGCAUCGGCGGGCUCCUGAGUGUGGUUGUGAAAGAGAUGUUGGUGGUGGCGGAGUCUGGACACCCUGGUGUGCAACUUGCUGCAGUGAAAUCAGGAAACUAUACAAAUAAGCUGGCAGAUGAUGCACGGUCUGCAUCAAUUACUGUGGGUGACCUUUAUGCUGAUGAAGACAGGAAUUUUCUUGUAUCUGUUAAUGUUCCACCCAGCUCCGGCUCCCAUGAUAUGGUGCUGCUUAAGGUUUGCUGUGCCUAUAGAGAUGUGAUCUGCAAUGAAAGUAUCACGCUGGAGGAUGUUGUAAGGAUUCAAAGACCAGAGGUCACCACGGCUUAUACGUCAUCAGUUGACGUCGACAGGGAGAGGAACCGUGUUCAGGCUGCUGAGGCCAUGUUGAAAGCAAGGGCUGCUGCCGAGCGUGGUGUUUUCUCCGAGGCAGUAUCAAUACUUGAGGAUCAGAGGAGGAAACUAUUUGAAUCCCUGGCGGGACAAUCCGGUGACCAACUUUGCUUGGCUCUGGAUGCAGAGCUGAGGGAGAUGCAGGAGAGGAUGGCCACCCAGCAGAGGUAUGAAGUGUCAGGGCGUGCUUAUUUGCUGUCAGGGCUGAGCUCACAUUCAUGGCAGAGAGCAACAGCACGCGGAGACUCGACGGACUUGACUAGCCUCGUCCAUGCUUACCAGACCCCUUCAAUGGUUGAGAUGCUACAUCGUUCGCAGACAUUUUCCCCUUCGCCCAGGACUCCCACUCCGCCUGCGCAACCUGCAAGAUCAUUCUCUUUUCUAGGUCCUCAGCCGAGGUAAAUAACUCGAGGAAUUCCAUCAAAUGAUAAAAAGAGGAUGAAACAAUAUCCCAGUGAUAUAUUUUUACAAUAUCUGUCUUCUGAUUUGAAGUGGCGGUGUAUACUGGAGAUUCAAAAGGGAAAAAAGAAGAAAAAGAAAAGGCUGGGGAUUGGUCUCAAUGAUGUAAAUGAAUAAAAUCUGGAGAAGGGGAUAAAAUAGUGGGUGUGUGAAAGGUGUAAAGAGCUCUAUCUUUUUGUUUCCUCUUAUAGUAAUUUGCUUUUGGUUAUGGUUAUGUACAUAACAAGAGAAGGUUUUCCCUGAAAAGGAAUGGCAUAAGUUUGUGAUCUUCGCAAUUA